UUUAGUAACACUUGGAUCUUCUUCGUAAACGCAGCUUAAACGACACCUUAGGCGUGAGAGUAGGAAAAAAGAUCCACUUAAAAGUAAUCAAAAUAAAAAUUUAAUCAUGGAGGAAAGCUUUAAAAUGAAUACGCUGUGGAUUUUACUAAUUUUCGCAUUAUUGCCGUUGUCCUGCUCAUUCUCUACACAAUACCUCGGUAAUAGGAAGCACACAGUUCUACCAGACCACUGCUACUAUGAGGAAUUAGAGCUGGCAGUGCCAGUGAAUGAGACGCUGUAUCCAACAGAUAUUGAAUUUCAAUGCAUAACCGUUACCUGCCGCCAGGAUCAUGUGCUGCUGAUAAAGCACUGUGACCGUUAUCUGCUGCGACAUGGUUGCAUUGAGCAGCCACCUGACUACAGCGAGCGUUAUCCCGAUUGUUGUGCCCAAGUGAAAUGUAUUAAUUAAAAUGUUGCUGAAUGAGGAAAUUUAUUUAGUAAGGAAUAAUUUAUGUUAGUGAAUAAAUUAAAAUAAAAAACGUAAUUAUUAUUUUCAACA